ACUAUUGAAUGCUGGGAACUUUCCAUGUUGAAUACCAUACCAAACAAUAAACAAAAUUUUGCGAGGGCCAAGUUAUAACCGCUCGAUAUUUCAGCGGUUUGUUUAAAUGGACGAAGACGAUGUAGGGCUGUCAUCUAAGAAGAAGAGUAGCGCACGAAAAGGCAGGCGUGCUAGACCUGCUACUCCUCCCAAAGAUGAAGUUCCUAUGUCACCAGAUAUCAUGGAUGAUAGUGCUGAUCUGAAUGGAGGAGUCCCUCUUCAGGAGUCUGCUUCUCCCCCAAAGCCGUCACGCAGAAUGUCUGGUUGGGGUGAUGAUAUAGGACCUUCUAAACAACCAAAAGGAAGAAGGCAUGGAAUACAAGAAGAAUUUAUUGAAGAUGAGAGGUUACGACAGAGCUACAGUCCUGAAAGAGAAGAUUCAGAUAAUGAUAUACCAGUGAUUCCAGACCUGGAUGAUGUGCAGGAAGAAGAUAUCACCACACAAGUAGCACUUGCACCCAACAAAGUGAACAGAGUAGCAACAUACAGGGAACUAGACAAUGACCUUCUCAGACAUGCAGCAUUCCAGACUCUAGAUAAUGAGAUUGAUCUCAAAUUACUGACCAAAGUUUUAUCAGCAGAAUCUGAAGUCAUUGAGGAGGAUAAACCGUGGGACUGGGACCAAUUAUUCACAGAGGUUUCCUCAGAACUAAUCAAUGAGUGGGAAGCCAGUGAAGUCAAAGAUUCGGAUCCAACUGCUGCUUGACAGAGAACUAGAUGUUUAAUGACUUUGAUCUUUGAAUUAGUCCAGCGACUUGUGGAUAGUGAACAAGGGCAUUUUAAUCAAAGAAUCUGUUACUUUAACAGAAUUAUCUCUUGACAUUUGAAGUUCUUUUUUGUAACUUUUUUUACAACCUCAUAUAUGUAAAAAAGAUUGAAUCACGUCAUUAGUCAAGCAGUCCGUCCACUUCAGCUGAAAUUUAGCUGAAUUUCAUAUAUUGCUCUCUGAUUGGCAUUUCUUCAUUCUUCAUUCAAUCUCAAAAAAUUCUUCUGCCUGCAUUAACAAUAUCAUAAUUCAUAAUUUAUAAUUUUAUGAAACUUAUUUUAUUAAAAGUAUGUCACAUACUUGAUGUGGUCAAUCUUGUGACCAGGUAUAUUGUGUUACAGGUUCAUUCUUACAAUAAAGAAAUUAUAAAAACGUGUGAGUGUUGUUUGCAAGAUGAGUAUUUAUCACAAUUAUUGUCACUGAAAAAAUCCUGUUUAUUGUCCACUCUAUUUUUGUCUUGGAAGGACUUUAGAUAAAGAGAUAUAUAAUUUCUUUACUUUUUAUGUCUACAUAUCUUGCAAAUCUUCUUAUCUUCCCUAUCCAGACCUUUACAAACUCCUUAUAAAAAAGGUAAAACUCCUCAAAUAAAAGUACCAGAUGUCUUUGUUUCCAUCUGAAAAUUAAAGGAAAACAUAACCAAUCAUUAUAUUAUUAGAAUUACAGUACUGAGAUAAAAAUGUUAUGAAAAAUCAACCUGAGUGUAGGGAAAGGCUGAGCAAUGAUUGUCAGUAAAAAAAUUGCCUUAAAAAAA